CUUUCAUAUUCCUUAAUUCCAAUGGCAAACUUGACUAUCCAAAAGCGUUUGGCUUCUGCCGUCCUCAAGUGCGGUCAGCGUAAAAUCUGGCUUGACCCCAACGAAAUCAACGAGAUUUCCAACGCCAACUCCCGUGCCAAUGUCCGUAAGCUUGUCAAGGAUGGUCUUAUCAUCCGCAAGCCUGAGGUUAGCCACUCUCGUUUCCGUGUCCGUGUCCAUGCUGCUGCCAAGCGUCUUGGUCGCCACAUGGGCUACGGUAAGCGUAAGGGUACUGCGGAUGCUCGUAUGUCCACUCAGGUGAUCUGGAUGCGCCGUAUGCGUGUCCUCCGUCGUUUGUUGGCCAAGUACCGUGAGGCUGGCAAGAUUGAUAAGCACCUCUACCAUGCUCUCUACCUUAAGUCCAAGGGUAACGGCUUCAAGAACAAGCGUGUCUUGAUGGAGUACAUCCACAAGGCCAAGGCCGAGAAGCUCAGAGCCAAGACCCUCAACGAACAGUCCGAGGCUCUCCGUGCCAAGAACAAGGCUCUCCGUGAGCGUCGUGCUCUUAAGCUCGCUGAAAAGCGUGCUCAACUCCAGCAAGAGUAAGAAUCUCUUAUGUUUCAAAAUAAAAUGAAAAAAAAAAGAAUCCCUCCCUUCCCUCUGCAACGAAC